UUUGAUGAAAUCAUUGACAAAAAUACUUAUCUUAAUUUUGUGUGUCGAGUGCGGAUUUUGGGAAUUCUGUCCUUUUUGUUUGUAGCUUUGUCAUUGCGAUAAUUAAAAUAAAUAAAUAAAUAAAUAAUGGCAUUUCUGCACAAUCGUCGCGAUAUAAGAGCACAGAGAGUAGAAUGGUUUGAACUUUUUGGUAGGUUAGGGGUUAGUGCAGCCGGCUAUCCCUUGGAAUACGUGAAAGUGUUGAUUCAGAUUGGACACGAGCCUUUAUCACCUAGACCAACUCGUACAAUUUUUGGACGCCCAGCUUUAGCUUUACCAGGAGUAUAUACAUAUAUGAAGCAUAUAAAAAAGGUAGAUGGAUAUCUAGGUUUAUAUAGAGGUUUAUUACCUAAACUCUGCACAAAUCUUUUAAGUGGGUUUACUUACAGAGUUGUGUUAGAGAGGCUGCCAUCCUUAGAUCCUGAAGAAUUGUUAGAAACGCAGGAAGGUGAAUUGACAGAUGAGCAGAAAAUCACAUUGUAUGCCCAUGGUUUAAUAAAAGAAACAGCUGCUCGAUGUGUUAUGAUUGUAGUUAGUCAUCCUUUUCAUAUUAUAACUAUCAGAACUAUGGCACAGUUUGUUGGCCGAGAGGAGAUGUAUGGAGGUAUCUUUGCAUCUUUUAAAGAGAUUUUCCGUCAAGAUGGUGUAUUAGGUUUCUUUUCUGGCCUUGUUCCAAGACUCAUUGGAGAAAUUCUUACUUUGUGGGUUGGAGCAACAGCAGCAUUUUUAAUUAAUACAUACAUAGUAGAAGAAGAAACAUUGAAGGGCUAUGUAAAAGCUUCUAUGUCAUACUUGGCUAGUGCUUUAUUCUACCCAUUUAUUGUCGUCUCUAAUGUUGUGAUAGUAAAUGAUUGUGGGUUAAAAGCUGGUUUGCCUACCAAUAUGCCAAUAUAUUCAAGCUGGACUGACUGCUGGUCUCAUCUGAGUGCCAUAGGUCAGUUAAAAAGAGGCUCAAGUAUCUUAUGGAGGUAUUAUAGUGGGCCAUUUAUAGCUUCAUAUAUGGAACCAUCUGGACGUCGACCUUAUGCUCAUGCAUUAGCCCUUACCAGGAAAUACUAGCAGAUUUAAAUUGUAUAAUCUGCUCUUAACAUUGAAUAUUCUGCUAAAGACUUGUAGGAAAUGUGGUAAUGCUAGACAUGUGUAUUUAAUUCAGUCAAUCAUUUUAAUUUUAGUCAACCUUUUAUUUAUAUUUUGUUAAUGAAAUCAUUAAAUAACUGAAUUUAUUUUCAUCUUGUUUGUUCAUUCUUUUUGUUUAAUUUGUUUUUCAGUUACCUCGGUUAGCGUUCCCCCUUUUGAAUUUUCAUUAUGUAAGAAAUAUGAAAAACAUAAGUAUUGAAUCCCUACAUUGAAUUGAAUAUUGAAUUACCACAUUCUGUGCGGUAGCUUCAUUGGCAGUUGCCUUGAAGUAGAGUGGGUGAGUUUGCAUUAAUCUCAAAAAAAAGAGAAAUUGGGUAAUAAAAUAAAAAUAGCAUUUUUCAUAUAAUUUUUAUAAAAGCUGAGAUGUUCAGUCUUGAAGUAACAUCAAUCUUGUGCCUUGAAAAUGGUACCUUCAUCCAUAACUUUUAAUCUUAGUGUAGCAUAAUAUCAGAAUUUGGCAGCUUAUUUUAAAUUAAAAAUAUUGUCCAUGCAUUUGUAACUAAUUAAAGAUUUUUAAUCCAUAUGCACAUUAGAUGCACAAUAUAUAUAUAUAUAUAUAUAUUUGAGGUAUGUCUGAAUUUGAAGUUAUUACUCCUGCUAACUCAGCAUACAGUUACUAUUUAAAAGCCAAAUUUUUUGUAAUUUUUUGAUUAGUAAACGUUUAUUUAAUCCAUCUUAAACAAUUUAUACUUCCACUCUUUUUUUUAUUUUUUAUGAAGGCAUUGUUCCUAAUGCAAAUAAUCGUGGAAGUGCUUAGGGAUAAUAAAUAUUUAGGUUGUUUAGAUAACUUUUAGUAGAAAAUAUUUUUAAACAUAAUUACAUUAUUCUUUUACUUAUAUCAAUUGCGUUGACUUUGAAUGAUAUUUUUGAAGAACUGGAAAUAAUAUUUUUUUUAAAACAUUUAUUCUUUGAGGAAAAUUUACAAAUAUUAAACAAAAUUGUAACAGAAUAACCACAGCAAUAAAAUAUUAGUUCAUUGCUUUGUUACCUUUUGUUUUCUUUUUUAAACUUUUGUGUAUUAGUAGUACGUUUUAGGUAAUGAUAUUUAAAAUACAGGAUUGAGAUGUAUAACUUUGAAGGAUAUGUAUAGCCUUUAUAUUAUAAUGUUUAAUUUACUUGAUGGUUUGUAUUAAUUAUAUAAGAACAGGCACUUUUCUCAUAUUUAAUAAGCACUUUUGUUUUGUGAAAUUACUCUAUUUUAAGAAGGAUCAUUUUAUAAGAAAAUCACAUUUGAAGACUUGAAAUUAACAUUAUUAAAGUAGAACACCACAUAAUUAACUUUUCAUAAUUUACUUAUAAUUCUAUAUUGAAAAAUAACCCCUUUUUGAUUUCAGACAAACUAGAUCACUGAAUUACUUUGAAAUUGUUUUAAGGCUAUCCUGAAGGAGUGCAACUAUGAAAAAUUAUUAUAAUUGUUGUUAAUAUUACAUUGCAGAGUGAAGUUCUUAUUCUUCUUUAGAGGGAUCAAAGUAAAAUUUUAGUGUAUUAAAAAAAAAUUAAAAUGCUUGAAAUCUGAAUGCAGAAAAUCUAAGGGGAAAAGUUCUAAAUGUAAAUUGUCUAACGAGUGUUUGCUGGAAUAAUUACCAUUAGUCAUAGAGUUGAUUUGAAUGAAUUUAAAUCAAAGACUUAAGUUAGCAGAAAAUACGUAUUUUUUCUUUGGAGCUAAUUUUAUGAAAAUUCGAGCUGGUUUUUGGCCAAUUAUAAGAUUCUUAAGAAAUAAGCUCAGUAUAUUUAUGGCCAUUAAGAGUUGCACUGUAAAUAUUUUUAUGCACAUUAUAUUUUAUCAAUAUGUACAACUAAAAAAAAGGCUUUUACAAGCAACAAUUUUUUAAAAGUAACUUGAUAGAUGCUUUUAAUUAUUAAAAAAAUUUUUAAUCAUGAGAAACUGAAAUUUUUUGCCUGUUUAUCACUUUUGAUUUUAUAAGCAUGUUAUAUAUAGUAAUAUAAAAAAAUUCAAAUCUUUUUUAUUAAGAGUUGAAUUAAAAUUAUUCAAGCUAUAGGAGUAACACAGUCUCAACCAAUUGAAUUUACUUACCAAAAGUUAUAGAUGAGUUCUAAUAUUUUAAUUGAAUUUAGAAUAUUAUUGUCAAGUUUUUUUUUUUUUAAAUUUUGUUUCUAAUGGCAAAUCAGUAAACAACUGUAGUCAGACAUAUUGUUAAGUUUAUGAAUGAAAUAAAAUGACAAAGCUCUUAAAACCUACCAAUGUGAUUUUUAUUACGUUUUAAAAUUAUAAGUAAUAUAUAGAAACCAAAAUAAAUGUAUAAAAAAUGUAAAUUUAGGAAAAAUAAGAUGGAAUGGAAGUUUUUUUUUUUUUUUUUUUUCUUUUCAGUUUUUAUUUAAAAUUUUUUCUCAGAUAUAGUGAUAAUGAAAAUUAGUAGGCAAUUUACUAGGCAUGUGAUGUAGUAGUUGCAGGUAAAAAAAAAGAAAGAACAAAAAGAAUAAUAUUUUUUCAAGCCCAUUGCAACAAAAAUCUUUAUUGGUUCUAUUAAUUAGGCUAAAUGUCAUUCAUUCAAGUUAUGCUUUUAAGAAAGAUGAAAUUGUUCAUCUUUUUCCUACCCUUUUUAAUGUCUACUUACAGAGGAUUUUGAAAUUUGCCUCAAAUCUUUCAUAUCAGUUCAUAAAUCAAUAAUUAUGUCAUUAUUUCUCUUACAUUCUGUGUAAUAUUAGUGUACAAGUAAAAAUCAGAUUUGUAGUGUCUUCCAAAGUUUGGUCUUGUUUUAUUAUAAUGUUAAAAGAUUUCUUCAUAUGUACACUUAGUUGUUGUUAAUAAAUUACUUUAUAUAUUA